GGAGCUUGUAUUUAUAGAAGGGCUCCUCUCUGCGUACCCCGUCACAGUCCUGCCUGCCCCAGUUUCCUCCCCGUGUCCACACCGCUCAGCCUCUGCUGCUUCUGCCUUGUUUUUGUUUCACAUCAAGUCAGAUAAGAAAAUCAAACAGCGAUGUCCACUAGUGAGCGUUUCGACUGCCAUUACUGCAAAGACUCACUGCUGGGAAAGAAGUACAUAAUGAAAGAAGACACCCAGUACUGCACAAAGUGCUAUGAGAACCUAUUUGCCAACUGUUGUGAGGAGUGCUCCACACCCAUUGGCUGUAACAGCAAGGAUCUGUCCUAUAAGGAUCGUCACUGGCAUGAGCAGUGCUUCAAAUGUGCAAAGUGCAGCCGCUCACUAGCAGACAAAGCCUUCGCUGCCAGGGAGGACUUGUUGCUCUGCACUGAGUGUUACGCACUCGAUUAUUCCUCCAAAUGCAUCACCUGCAAGAAAACCAUUUUGCCAGGUUCUCGAAAAAUGGAGUACAAGGGGAACAGCUGGCAUGAAACUUGCUUCUUGUGCCACCGGUGCCAGCAGCCAUUGGGAACCAAGUCCUUCAUUCCCAAAGAAAAUGGGUACUUCUGUGUUCCCUGUUUUGAGAAGCAGUUUGCAUACCAGUGCUGCGCCUGCAAGAAGGCCAUAACAACAGGUGGAGUGACUUAUCAAGACAAGCCUUGGCACAGAGAGUGUUUCCUCUGCAUUGGCUGCAAAAGGCAGCUAUCAGGACAGCGCUUUACUUCCAGAGAAAAUUACCCAUAUUGCCUUGAGUGCUUUAGCAACCUCUAUGCAAAGAAGUGUGUCGGCUGCACCAAGCCCAUUACUAGUUUGGCAGGGGCUAAAUAUAUCUCCUUUGAGGAGCGCCAGUGGCACAGCGAGUGCUUCAACUGCAUGCAGUGCUCCGUGUCACUGGUGGGACGUGGCUUUCUCACCCAGCGCGAUGACAUUCUGUGCACAGAGUGUGGGAGGGAGAAGUAAAAUCUCAGUGGUUUCUGGUUCCUUUUCACCACUGUGCACAACAAAAGAACUUCAGCUUUGCUGUAACCCUUGUGCUAUCCUAGGCGCUUUGACAUUGCGAGUGAGAUCAUCUAGACCCCA